UGUCAGCAACUUUCAACAUGGCAGACCGCUCAAGGAACAACCUGCCUUCUGGUGCAAAACCCACCAGGCAUGCAGCAGCUCCAUCCAUCACCUCAUCUCCGCGAUCUCCUUGUCCCCACUGCCCCCGGCUGUUUGACUCCCCUCAAGCGCUCGGCGGGCAUCAGAACGCUCACAAACACGAGCGAGCAGCUCAGCGAAACUUGCCGGCCACUCAUCAGCAGCAAUACCAAGCAGCUGUGUUUUUUAACGUGUGGCCGGAACACAUCCAGCCGCCCAUAAUCUCAUCUCCGCUAUUUCCUUGUCCCCACUGCUCCAGGCUCUUUGACUCCCCUCAAGCGCUCGGCGGGCACCAGAAAGCUCACAAACGCAAGCGAGCAGACCCUCCGGCCACCCACCAGCAGCGAUACCAUCCACUUCCUCUGUUCCCUGCUGAUCAACAUCAACAACACACCUCAUCGAUACCAUUUCCCCACUCUCCGGGCAUGGACCAUACCGCGGAUGCAGCCAGGUUUGUUAACGUGUGGCCGGAACCCAUCCAGCCGCAGCAGCACCUUCCUUCCAGCUCGGUCCCUCAUCAGAGUUUUCUGGGCGUUUCGACUACUCCCGACGCUCUCUCCCCUACCACGGAUGUGGGUGAUUCUUCUGCCGAUAUUGAUCUAACCCCCCGCCUGUGAAGCAGGACGUUUCUCUUUUCUCUUAACUUCUUUCUUUUUCUGUUUCUGAAAGGAAAUGGAACGAGUUAAUGGGAUUUGAUGAGAAUGAAAGUGCUUAGGGCUAAUGGGAUUCUUGAAUCUCUUGUUUGGUGUUCGUUUCCAUAUGUUUAUGGGGUUUCAACUUUUUUUUUUUUUUCCUCAUCUUACCCAGUGUAAAGUGGAGGAUGAUGAUGAUGUAUGUUAGUUCCCUCAGCUUUGUUCUAAUAUAUCAAAGUAGUAAUU